AUGGUGAACGCCGGCUUCAUUCCCGGCCUCCAGACUUACAACGUCCUCAUGGACUGCGUCUGCGGUGCCGACAGUGUGGAGUCGGCUCUCGAGAUCUACCACAAGAUGAAGCGGAAGAAGCGGCAGCCGGAUGCCAACACGUACGCUCCGCUCAUCCAGUGCCUGUGCCGAGCUCGCCGGGUGGACGAAGCCAAGGAGUUCCUGGACGUGAUGGAGGCGGACAACGUUGUGCCAAACGGGGCGAUUUGCCACGCGCUGGUGGAAGUUCUGUGCAAGCAAGGGGAAGUGGACGAGGCCUGCAGUGUUCUUGACAACGUUGUGGAGGUGGGAUGCCAGCCACUGGGUGAAACGUUUAAGAUCCUCGUAGAAGAGCUCUACUUGAGGAAAAAGUGGGAGGCGGCCUCGAAGCUCUUGCGCAGCCCGGGAUUUGUCGCGGACGCUGCGACGUACAGCCUUUGCGUCGCGGAGAUUUGCAAGGCCGGCAAGCCGGACGAGGCAGUGGAGGUGAUCGAGCAGAUGGUGCUCAAGGGCGUGAGGCCGGACGAGGGAACUUACGUUGCGGUUCUUCGGAGCUUGUGUGGAUUGGAUAGAGUGGAGUCGGCCAUCGCGGAGUUUGAGAAGAUGGCGAGCAGAGGCUGCGCUCCUGGGCUCGUGACAUACACGCUGCUGAUCGGGGAGGCGUGCUCGGCGGACAUGGCGGACGAGGCUUUCAGGAUCUUCGAGGCGAUGGUGGCGGCGGGGUUUACUCCACAGGCCCAGACGAUGAGAACUUUGAGCUCGUGUCUCAGGGACGCGGGCUACCAAGAUCUUCUUGUGAGGCAGAGAAUCAUGACUAUGGCAAUCUCAUGA